AUGAAGGGCCUUAAGGAACAAGACAGGCUUCAGAUAGCAAAAGGAGCAUCAAGAGGUUUGGCAUACCUGCACUUGUCAUGUCAACCCCAUAUUCUCCAUCGUGAUAUCAAGUCAAGCAACAUUCUUCUGGACAAAAAUUUUGAAGCCCAUUUGGCUGAUUUCGGGCUUGCUCAGCUUAUUUGUCCCUAUGCUACACAUGUGACAACUGACAUAGAUGGCACGCUAGGUUAUCCCCCUGAGUAUGGCCAGUCUUCAGUAGCCACUUUCAAGGGUGAUGUUUUUAGUUUUUGCAUUGUCCUUCUAGAGUUAUUAACUGGAAAGAGGCCUGUAGAUAUGUGUAAGCCGAAGGGAGCUCGGGAGUUGGUCUCGUGGGUUAUACAUAUGAAAGAAGAAAACCAUGAAGCUGGUGUCUUGGACCGUGCAAUGUAUGAUAGGAAGUUUGAGAUGCAAAUGAUGCAGAUGAUUGAUAUUGCUUGUUUGUGCGUAAGUGACUCACCAAAACUGAGACCAUUAACACAUCAGCUAGUGUAA